AUGUUGAAUGUGGUGGUGAUCAAUAGUGAUAAGGCUUUGAGUUCCAGGCACUUGGCCAGACCUGUUGUCGCCAACACAAAUAGAAGUGGAAGAUGUUGCGUUCAUGUUCUACCAAGAGAGAUGUUUGGUUUCUCAACCUUUGGAAUUGCAAUGGCACUUCUCAAAUGGCUGCCGUUGAAACUUGUUGACAAGGUCCUCUUGCUACUGGCCACAAUCAUCCUAGGCAACACAGACCAAUUAGGCCUCAGGAGGCCAAAAACUGGUCCAAUUGAGCUAAAAAAUGCCACAGGAAAAACCCCCGUGCUUGAUGUAGGAGCAUUGUCACAGAUAAAAUCUGGCAAAAUAAAGGUGGUGGUGGAAGGUGUGAAAGAGAUAACAAGAAAUGGAGCCAGAUUUAUGAAUGGACAGGAAAAGGAGUUUGAUUCUAUAAUCUUAGCAACUGGGUACAAAAGCAAUGUGCCUACUUGGCUCAAGGGUUGUGAUUUUUUCACCAAAGAUGGCAUGCCCAAAACACCCUUUCCUGACUGCUGGAGAGGAAGUGAAGGACUUUACAUAGUUGGCUUCACAAGAAGAGGGCUUCUUGGAACGACCUCUGAUGCUGUUGAGAUUGCCAAUGAUGUUGCUCAACUUUGGAAGACAAACAAAGACUGCAGGAGUUCUUGUAAUUCCCAUAUUAUUCUUCUGAAAUAAUGUUUAACAAUAUUGACUUGUUGUAUAAAAUAAAAAAAAACUUGUUGUAUAAAAAAAAAUAAGGAAGAAAAAAAAAACAAGUGAGAAAUUAGGUUAUUCUUUGAGUUAGUGGUAUUUACAGGGGAUAAUGAUUUUUAUUAAUUUAACUUUUUUUUUAGUACAAGCGAUAGUCUAAACUAAAGAGGAUGAGAAUUUUUCACACACACAACUAUGAUGCUGUAGGGAUUCGAACAUGAGACUUCUGUUCCGCAAGUCAAGGUCUUUUCCACUCGGCUAGAUUCCGUUGGCGAUUUUAUUUAACCUUUAGCUAGCAAAGGCUUGUGCUUCAAUUUUCUCCUCUUUUUUUUUUUUUUUUUUUCUUUUUUGGGUUUGUAUAUGUAACAAUUUUGCUUGGGGUCUUAAAUUUCCUUUCUGUCACAUGUAUGUUCCUUAGCUUUGUACAAACAAUUUCAGAAAUAGAAUGUAUUUUUAGCUCCACAAGUCGUGACAAAUAUGCAAGGCUCUAAUUACAAGUCAAAUUAAACAUAUAUAGCAUCACUAUCAUCGAUCAUUUCAUAUAUCUCAGUUUUAUGGGGAUUGUUGGUACAUGAAUUGUCAUCUUCCAAACCCCUACAUUUCUUGUUUCUUAGUUUUGAUCGAUCCCUUUACCUUUUGGCAGUAAGUGCA